AUGCCUGUGCUGCAGGCGACUCGACGAAGCCGGCAUUCGCACAGCAGGCCGCUGCUGCUCCGGCCGCUUCCCGCACACCUGGCGAACCACGGCGGUGCAGCCUUCGUGGACCAGCAGAUCGGGCCGUGCGCAGCAGACGUCGGCGCCGAGCCGCGGCAGGGCAAGGCACUGGCAGAUUCCGGCCCUUCACACCAAGGGGCUGCCUCGUCUUCAGGAGAGCCCUUGGCCGCAGCGGCAGGCGCACGCGGCGGCAAGGGCGGCGCAGCAGCAGCGCCCGCGCAGGACCCGGCGCAGGGGAGCCGCCCGGCGCAGCCGCGUUUCUGCCCGUACUGCGGCAAGCCGAAGCAGGCGGACUUCGCGUUCUGCCCCUACUGUGGCCAGAAGGUGCCAGAGCGUCAGGGAGCGGGCCCAGGCCUCCUGAGCUUCUGA